AUGGAUCGAGAACCUUGUCCGUGGCGUAUUGUGGAUGAUUGUGGAGGUGCAUUUGCUUUAGGAGCAAUCGGUGGUACACUUUUUCAUUCUAUUAAAGGAUUUCGUCAUGCUCCGAGUGGGCAAUAUCGACGUCUAUUGGGUAGUUUAGAAGCGGUGAAACUACGUGCACCACGUGUUGGAGCAUCAUUUAGUGCAUGGGGAUGCAUAUUUUCGUUGGCAGAUUGUAGUUUUGUUUAUUUAAGAAAAAAAGAAGACCCAUGGAAUUCAAUUAUGAGUGGGGCAUUGACUGGUGGCGUUUUACAAGCUCGGCAGGGACCCGGUGCAAUGCUUGGCUCAGCUGUGAUUGGUGGCUUUAUUCUUGCCAUGAUUGAAGGAACAGGUAUAUUAAUCAAUCGAUAUAGUCAAAUGUUGAUGCCAAAGCCCGAGUAUGAAGAAUCACCACCUGAUCUUAACAAAGGCAAAGUCGAUCUCUCAAUGCCACCAAUUUUUAAUUCCUCUUCUGAACAAUCUACGUCCAGCAAUUACUCAUGA